AUGCCCCUCCCAUCUCCAAUCCCACUUGUCCUGCUCGGCCAGCGAGUCGAAGUCGGCAAGCCCGUCUCUGAGUCUCUGCGACCGGAAUAUGAGGUGAUCUACUUCAUCCAGACCCCCGACGUCGCCAAAUCUGAGCUCCCAAAGCUCCUCGCGGGACAGGAACCCCUCCCCGCAACCAACGACGUCGGCACGAACAACUUCACCCAACCGCCUCGCGUCGUAAUGUUCGGUCGCGGAUAUCCACCCGAAUUCGUCCAAGAGCUGAAAAACUCCCUCGCGGGUAUCGCACAGGAACCCGUUGCGUGGGUUGUCGGAGACCCCGCCAAGGCGCCCACUGCGCCGCCCGGACCAGGCUAUGUAGAGCAGGUAGCGAAGGAUGUUAAAGAGGCGGUAGCCAAAUGGGCGGAGGAGGGUGGAACGCAGGAUGCAUUUAUUGUAUACUAG